AGGUUCGAUUAAUCUCGUAGUGCUAGUUCAAUCGCGGUGGGGGAUGCUUCUCGCGGGGCGUUACUGCACGGCGACCGCGGGCCGUUCGGCGGGAUUUCUCGCGGUCCGCUGCCGCACCGCGCGGUCGCCGCGGAAACAAACGGGGCAAAUGCUUCUUCCGGCCGCCGCCGCCGCCGCCACCGCCGCCGCCGCCGCCGCCACCGCCGCCGCGGCCCGCGCCGCCAGCCGCCUCGUCCAGCUCUUCCCUAGUCGGCGCAUAUCCUCCCUAAAAGUCCCGUGGAAGCGCGAUCCCGUUCUCGACGCCGCCAUCACCCGCGACCGCCGCUUCCGCCAAGCGUCCCGCCUCGUCCGCGAGGUGCUCCUCUCCCCGGGCCGCCGCCUCCUCUUCCGCUACCUCACCAAGCGCCGCGAGCGCAUCAAGCUCCCUGUCCACGUCCCCACCUUCCUCCGCCGCUACCCCACCCUCCUCUCCGUCUCCCCUCCCCCCAAGCCGGUCGCCUCGCCCUCCCCGCAGCUCCUCGCCUUCCUCGACUUCGCCUCCCGCCUCUACGAACUCCACGCCCCGCUCCUUGCCUCCAGGCUGGCCAAGCUCCUCAUGAUCUCCUCCACCCGCGCACUGGCCGUCACCAAGAUCGCUGCCGCCAAGCGCGACUUCGGCCUCCAAGAUGACUUCUUGGUCUCGUUGGUCCCCAAGUACCCGGAGCUCUUCCGCCUCGUCGGCGACCCUGGGCCCGACGCAUCUGGGAACGCGUUCCUCGAGUUGGUUUCUUGGGAUGACAAACUGGCGAAGUCGGUGAUUGAAUUGAAGGCUGACAAGGAGGCCAAUGUCGUCGGAAUUCGGCCAAGGCCAAAUUUUACUGUUAAAAUGCCAAAGGGGUUCUAUCUCAAGAAGGAAAUGAGGGAGUGGGUGAGGGAUUGGCUUGAGCUGCCAUAUGUCUCACCAUAUGCAAAUGCAUCCAAUCUGGAUCCGGCAUCCCCGAAGGCUGAGAAGCGAUCAAUUGGUGUGUUACAUGAGGUGUUGUCUCUGACAGUAGAGCGAAGGAUGGCGGUGCCAGUUAUUGGGAAAUUUUGUGAGGAGUAUAGGCUGCCAAAUGCAUUUGCCAAUGCAUUCACGAGGCACCCAGGAAUCUUCUAUGUAUCGCUCAAGGGUGGAAUCAAGACAGCAGUAUUGAGGGAAGCUUAUGAUGAGAAGGGAAAGCUUGUAGAUAGAGAUCCAAUGCUUGAGUUAAAGGAGAGAUUUGUGGCAGUCAUGGAAGAGGGGCAUAAGAAGUAUUUAGAAGACUUGAAGAUGAAGAGGGAGGAGCUGCAGAAAGAGAGAGAGGUUGCAGGUCAUGAGGAUGUAAAAGUAGCUGCAGAGAUUGAGGAUCAGCUUGAGGAAGAAUGGCACAGUGGGGGUUCAGGAGACAAUGACACAUGAUACAUAUUAUAUGCAGUAGGAGGUGAUGGAAGGCAGCAUUGUUAGUGGUUCUUGCAAUUCCAUUUGUCCUUGGUCAGUAUUGCCUGGUGAACUGGUAAAGGAAAUUGGUUGAUGCCUGGUGAGGUUCUUGUCAGUAAUAUUUAAGACAGCCUUUGUUGUUAGUUAGUUCAUUGGAGCUGGGGAGGAUACAGCUGGUUUUAGUGUUGGGAUUUUUGCAAUCUAUUUAGAUCCAAGAAUUAUUUUGAGCUGGUCAGUGCAAGACUAUUUCUUUUUAUGGAAUUUUCUGAAAAAUAUUGCAUCACCAUGCUCUUGUGCAUCCAUCAUUAACACAGAUACCACAAAUAAGACAUAAAGUAUUCCUUUAGAUAAACGCAAAACAUUUCUGCACUUGAUAUAAUCCAUCAUAACACAUUCAAUUGCAAAGGAAAUUCUAACAACCAAACUGAAUUUUCAGCUGUGCCCCAUUUCUUUCCAAAAUUCAAAUGAUUAUGAGAUGUGUUAUGUACCUCUAUCCAGAAUGUUUUCCCCCUCACAGACACUGUUAAGUCAUUUGGUAUAUUUUGUUGCCAAUGUUUAGCCAAUUCCAGGGUAUGGAUGGUCAUUCUGUAAGGUAGGAACAGUCUUGACAGGGUUUUCAGUUGGGCCACUCAAAUUCGAGAAAACAAAUUGUAGCAAAUGUUCCAGUUUGUUCUGCGUACAUGAUGAACAACAUACCAAUCACCUGGAAAGUUGAAGGCUCGCGGCUGCCACCUUUAAUGGUUCCACCUGAGACUGAGGUUAUGUAAAAAGUUUGAUUAUUGCUGAGCACUUGGAAUCAACUUGGAGAAUAGGUUGAAUUCAACGAAAUUCACUGCAACCUUUAAUGGUUCCAUCCGGGAGUUAGGCUAUAUAAAAGGAUUUGGUUCUUGCAAAGUAUUUUGAAUCAACUUAGAGAACAGCACAUUGAUUGGAAAUUAGCUUGCUUGAGUGUACCUGUGACUUAAGAGAUUUUGUGCUUUCUGAGUUUUAUGUUAUUUGCAGUACGGGGCCUUCCAAAAUCCAACCAGGAUUUUAUCCCCACAUAUGGUGAUUUUUCCAAGCAUCCUUUAGUCCAAGGCUCUAUUCGCCUAAGCUUGUCGCGAUUUCAAGUGGACCUUGAAUUGUGCCUCAUCUGACAAAUAGACUGGCCGAAGUAAAGCUGACUGGAUGUUAGUUCAUUGGAAGACUUGGUUUCACUACAACAUCAAGAUGUCGGUCUGUUAUUUCCAUAUGGGAAGUCAGAGUGUCAUAUUACUCAAGAUUUUUACUUGUGCUUUUAGUGGCAACCUCAAGGAAUAUGGUAGUAGCACUGGUCGAGGUGGAAUAUGUAGAACUAUUCCAGACUUUGACAGAGACUAUAUGAGUUAUUUUCAGUUGCAUGACUGUUUGAAGGAAUUUGGGUUGAAGGAUGGAGACAGUUUGUAUUACCUAAAGCUGGGUUACUGUCCACCGAAUGGCCUUGUGCUUAUUUUUGAUGACAACCAAUGCAACCAACUAUUGGCGGAUCAUGUAGCGCUAAGUAGUUGCAGUCUGUACAUUGUCCCUGAUCCUGGAAGGCUAGUCAGCACUGAACCAGUUCCAAGGAAUAAUCCAACUCAAUCUGUUGUGAGAACCUUGGUUGAUGCAUUCAGUCCAGAUGAGAUUGGUGGAGGAGAAGACGAUGUUGGUAGAGGAGAAGAGAUGGCACAGUUAUCUCUAGAUGAUGAUGACAGUGUUGAAGAUGAGACAUGAAAAUACUGGUUUGGAUGAAACUGAUGAUGACUCAUCUGAUGUAGAGCUUGUCCCAGAACAUGAGCUUGAAAACAGGGCUGUGGAUGCAGGUGGUUAUACAUUUGAUGGUGAUAUUGGGGAUGAUGAAUUGUAUAAUUUGAAGAAGCAACAACCUGCUAUUCAAAUUAAAGGAAAAGAUGAUGGUAAAUGUAAGGUUAGUGGUAGGGCAAAGAAGGUGGCUACUUCAAAUUCAACAAAGAACAAUCCUGGGGUGUCAUCUAUCUGAUGACCCAAAUGAUGGAAACCACACUCCAGAUGAUGUUGAUGAUCAGACUCCAUUGUUUGUUCACAGGUCUAGGGAGCUUGAGGAUAACUGGUUUGAUGAGGUUACAAUGAGUCACCCAGUCAUGACAGAAGGAAUGUUGUUUACUGAUGUUGGACAAUUUAGAGAGUAUCCAUUGGGAGUAUUCAUGCCAGGAUUUUAGUUUGGUAUUUUUUUUAUGUUUUUUACUGUAUCACCAUCCUGCAGUAAGUCAGGUAAACAUCCGAGCUCUCUGCAAAUCUCAUAGCACUACUGGAUGAGCCAUUGCAGUCAA